AAAACCAAAUCUUGUCCACCUGGAAAUGUUGUCGGAAGAGGACGUUCACACAAAUUCCUACGCAGGACGCACCGUUGCAGUUAUGGAGCAGCCGGACUUGUUCAGCGACGACUGCGAUGAGAUCAACUUGGGGAAUGAGGACACGCCGCCGUCCAAGCUCCGGCUUCACACGACCGAGGAGCCCAAGGAGAGCAGCUCACCGGCGGUUAUCAAUUCUAUUGAGGAUCACGAUCAAUACGUCGGCAAUGACAAUCACUACGCUCAAAUCUCGCCCGAACCAGCACUCUCCAACUUCAAAGUCACAAUGCGGGAAUUCGAGAAGCGCGGUGACGGCAUGAACGCCUAUAUUGUAUACAAACUCGAGACUGAGGUGUCCGGAGUUGUUGGAUACACAAAGCAACACUAUGAGACGUGGCGCCGGUUCUCGGACUUCUUGGGACUUCAUGGCAAGAUCGUGGAGAAGUAUCUGGCCAAAGGAAUCGUCAUUCCUCAGCCACCUGAGAAAAGCAUCUCAGCACUGACCAAGACAAAGACAAACUCGGACCCUGCAAUGAGCCGCGAAGUUGGAAUCCAGCGUGCCCGCCAGCUGGAACGCUACAUUUGCCGCCUCAUCCAACACCCACGGAUGAGAAACGACUGCGAUGUGCGCGACUUCCUCACAAUUGAGUCGGACCUGCCAAAAGCCGUGCAGACGGCUGCACUGUCAAGCUUCGGAGUGAAGAAGAUCUUCAAGAACUUCCAAGUCGUCUUCUCCAAGAUGGCAUUCCACAUGGAGGAGGGUGAUCGAUGGUUUGAGCAAGUGCAAUCGCAGGUUGAUGAGCUUGAUGAGGCGUUGCGCAAGCUGUACACGGUCACGGAGACGCUAGUGGCUUCUCGUAGAGAUAUGGCGACCAGUGGAGAGCAAUUGGGGAAGGCCCUGUCAAUGCUUGCUGCUUGUGAAGAGUCCACAUCACUUUCCCGUGCCCUCUCCUCACUGACCGACGUCACUGAGAACGUCUCUGCUGUGUAUGGGAAACAAGCCGAAGUUGACAACUCGAAGUUCUCGGAGUCGAUCUACGAGUACAUCAUGCUGAUCUCGGCGCUGAAGGAUGUGUUUGGUGAGCGUGUUCGUGCUUGGCAGCAAUGGCAGGAUGCUCAACAGACGUUGGCUCGCAAACGCGAUCAGAAGACGAAGAUUGACUUGUCGGCGGGCGGCAGAAAUGAGCGGUCUGAUCAGUUGAAGGGAGAGAUUGAGGAUACGGUGCAAAAGAUGGAUCAGCUGGAGCAACACUUUAUCGAGCUGAGCAAGGCGAUUCGUGAGGAGGUUGCGCGUUUUGAUGCCGAUCGCAAGCAGGAUAUGAAGAAGAUGCUGGUCGAGUAUAUGGAGAGCAUGAUUCAUACUCAUACGGAGCUGCUCCAUUUGUGGGAGAAGUUCGAGCCGGAAGCCAACAACAUUCGUGUCUAACCUACCACUAGUGUAAAUUAUUCAUCCUUAUUUAUUGCCAAAAUCAAUCAAACUCCUCAAAAUGUCAAUUUUAUAUUAUUUUGUGCACUCCCCCUCUCCCCAGUCGAAAUUUUAUUAUCUGUGAUUUGAAUGCAAAACUUCUAAAAAUCCCCGUUUGAUUUUGUUUCCUACCAACUACAUAUAGUCAUUAUUAUAUUUUAUAACUUAUUCUCUCCAUCACAUUUCACCUCGUCUUCAUAAUGUCUUCACAAAAAUAUCUAUUGGUUUCUUUGUUUUUGGAUAUAAAGAGCUUCUUGUCAG